UCUGACGAACAUAGCUCCCCUCUUGAAGAUCAGUGCAAACCCUAAUUAUCGCGUGAGAUUGAGAUUGAAAAAUGGUGUGCAUACGAAAGGCGACGAUAGAUGAUUUGCUUGCGAUGCAAGCAUGCAAUUUGCUAUGCCUUCCUGAGAAUUACCAGAUGAAGUAUUACUUUUACCACAUACUUUCGUGGCCUCAGCUUCUCUACGUUGCUGAAGAUUACAAUGGUAAGAUUGUGGGAUAUGUGUUAGCUAAAAUGGAAGAGGAAACCACUGAGUGCCAUGGACACAUCACUUCCCUUGCCGUAGUCAGGACUCACCGGAAACUUGGUUUGGCUACUAAGCUCAUGACCGCUGCUCAGAAUGCCAUGGAACAGGUGUUUGGAGCAGAGUAUGUGUCUCUGCAUGUUAGGAAGAGCAACAGGGCUGCAUUUAAGCUCUAUACAGAGACAUUAGGAUAUAAGAUUCAUGAUAUGGAAGCCAAGUACUAUGCAGAUGGGGAAGAUGCUUAUGAUAUGAGGAAGGAAUUGAAGGGCAAGAAGCACCACCAGCAUCAUCACCACCACCACCACGGUGGUGGGUGUUGCUCUGGUGAGGUGAAGGUAGGACCAAAGGAAGGAGCAGCAGAAACAAAAGCAGCAUAAUUAUAGACCUAAAGUUUGGGACUUAGAAAUUUCCGCGAGUCAAUUUGCGCUCAAGAAAUAUAUGUUACUAAUGUAUGUUUUCUACAUGAAACAACUACACCUUGUAAGGUUGGAUCAUUGAUACAAUUAAUGCUUUUGGUUUUCCUGAUAUUGUAUUCACCUUUCAUAUCUAUUUGGAAACUAUUGAAAUAUGAAUUUCCAAAAGUUAUCCAUCUUGAUUAAA